UGCCUUUAUAAACCGGGUCCGCCCACUCGCUCGCAUGUCAUAUCUCAUAAACGUCUCCGAUCCCAAUGCAAGACCUUGUCAGCCAUCAUACAGAUCUUGCGCUGCUACAGCAGAUUGCAGUACGACAUCAUAUUCACGAGANCGCUGCNCUGAGUUUCGAUGCCUUAGUAACAGUCGUCAACGCAUGGAGUCGCUGUCUGAUUGGCCCAUACUGUAGCAAAAGGACUACUGCGCCUGCUGCGGUCACGAAGACCGCAUGAGACAGGCUACGUGUGGAGAAGGCCCUUUUAAUCCGUAGGUGGCCAGUGCCACCUCCAGAGGCAAUUCACCACACUCGCAG